GGAGUUUUUUGCAGACUUUCGUCAAAGUUUACAUAUUUUUGAAAUUGCCGCUAUGUUUUGUUUUGCUCGCAAGCCAGUUUUGUGUAUCAUACUUUGUAGAGAAAUUGAAGCCCGCAGACAUUUUUUUUCGGAUUUACAGGAUUUUACAACCCUGCCUGUGAAAAUAGCAAAACAAUGUGUAUCAACAGAUUCAUGAGAAUAUAUGAUGUUGGAAUUUCACUGAAAACAAAUAAAUGUCAAUGGAACCAACUGUGUGUUUAGAUAUUGUUUGAUGGUUUAGUGUUUUUUCAUUAAAAUUGCGAACUGGUGAAAUCUUACAUUUUUGUAAUUUUCAUUUACACAAUGGCUGAGGAAAACAGUGAUUCAAACUUGAACAUUGAUAAUGAAGUAAAGAUACGACGAGGUUUAGAUGUUAUUCAAAGUAUGAUAGACAUAUCCGCAGACCGCUUAGAGGGUCUAAGGACUCAGUGUGCAACAAGCGCGGAACUCACUCAACAAGAAAUACGUACAUUAGAGACGAAAUUAGUAAAGAUGUUCUCAGAGUUACUGCUUACAAAGGCGAAGUUGCCGGAGAGAUUGCCAAGUCGUGGACUUCUAACAGCCGGAACUGAACUCAGGCAAUGGUUACGUGUUGUAGGUUUGAGUUCUGCGUCAUUACAGGCUGUGAUACAAAAGGUUAAUUCUUUGGAAUUAUUACUUGACAAAAGUGAAGACGAGUUGGAGGAAAUACUGACGAACAAUAUUAACGCACAUGGGGAAGAUCGCCGUCGUUUGAUUCGUGCAAUGAACAAUCUGAAACGUUGCCGGGAUCAAUUACAUUCUAGUGAGUUAAAAGAACCUAUGGAUUUGUAUUGGGACUCUUGGGACCGCCAUCCAUUACAUCAUCGUGUGUCUCCUAGAAUCAGUCGUUCUCAACCGCGUUGUGGAAAUAUAUUCAUGCCAGCCAUCCAUCGAAUAAAUGGUAUCGCUCAAAGUCCAGUAGAUGUUGUUUCACUUACAACGAGUUCAUCUGAUGUCUUACCGGAACAUUUACUACAUCCACGACACAUCGUUGCUCAUGAGGAAGGUUCAACGUAUACGUUAACACCUUCACCCUCACCACCCACUUCACCAUCAAAUGUUGCAUUAGCAAAGCAAAUUAAAAAGGGGUUUCCUACCACACCGCCACCAAAAAAAAAGCACCAAACACACAUGCGGCACAUGGCUAUGCAACAAUCAUCAUCGCAUCAACAGCAGAUACUACAAAAUAACAAUUGCAUUAAUGCCACUAAUUCAAAUCCCGCAAAUUCCAACAAUGAACAUGUUGUAUCUCUUACAAAAUCAAAAUCACACGAAUCACAGUUCCUACCGAAUCAACCGCUACAACUAUCAGAAUCGAUCAUCAAUGUAAAUCAGCAAAAUAUAGUCAACUGCAAUAAUAUUACUUCGAGCCAACAUUCACAGCACUAUAUGGGUAAUAAUAGUGUUACUAUGUCUGCCGUACGCACUCGCCUCCAUACUGAGCCAAGUCCGGAUCAACAUUCCAAUGAUUCCACAGAAAAUACUAUAUCUGCAUUCCACAACUUAUCCAUUCCUCCAAAAUCUCCUUGUACACCAAUAAUAACGAGAGGUAUGGGUCAUAUGAUACAACAUCGGUUUACUAAAAAGUUCUUGGUUAGUAAAAGCACGUGCGAUCUAUGCAAUAAACAAAUGUUUUUUGGAUUCAAAUGUACAGAAUGUAAAUAUCGUUGCCACAAAGACUGCAAAACAAAUGUUCCCCCUUCUUGUGGGUUACCUCAGGAGUUUGUAGACGAAUUUAAGAAAAGUUUGCAGUCCGACACAUUAAUGCCUAAUGUAUCACCAAAUCUUGGCGGUCGAAGAAUGCACACUAGAGAUCGAAAUCGUGUAUCAAUUCAUGGAAUCCACGGAGGUCCCGACAGUAGUUCAGCUGGAUCUAGUUGCAAUAGUUCUUCUCCGUCUAGUCCUGCAUUGCUGUCUCUUCCUCUCCAGACUCCUAUUGCAUCUAAAUAUACGCAAUUCAACUUUCCAGAAGUUUGCAGUCUAAAUCACGUUAUAGAUCAUGAUGGCAUACUGAUAGAAACACACCCCAUACAUAAUAACGUCAAACAAAGUACUUUCAGCGGAGAACUCCUCAGUCAUAGUAAUAAAAUUCCUAAAUUGCACCUCUCAAAACUACCGGAAUCCAAUCAAAGUAAUGACAGCGAUAAGACUGGAUCCACUAGUGCAACAAGCACAGAUUCUUCUGAACGAACACCAAUCCGUCUAGAUUCCACAGAAGAAAGAGAAAAUGACAACUGGCCAAGGCAGAAUAGUAUUUCAUUAAAGGAAUGGGAUAUUCCAUAUGAUGAUUUAAAAUUGCUGGAAAAAAUAGGUAACGGACGAUUUGGGACGGUUCAUCGGGCGCUCUGGCAUGGCGAUGUGGCGGUUAAACUUUUCAAAGAAGAUUAUGUUGCCGAUGAGCGGACGCUGGAGGCAUUUAAACUAGAAGUAGCAACAUUCAAAAAAACUCGUCAUGAAAAUGUUGUGCUUUUUAUGGGCGCUUGCAUGAAACCUCCGCGAUUAGCUAUUGUAACCUCGCUUUGCAAAGGCAAUACUUUGUACACACACAUUCACAUACGGAAAGAUAAAUUCAAUCUAAAUCGUACUACAAUUGUGGCUCAACAAAUUUCACAAGGUAUGGGAUAUUUACAUGCUCGAGGUAUUGUUCAUAAGGACUUGAAAACGAAAAAUAUUUUUCUAGAGAAUGGAAAAGUAAUUAUAACAGAUUUUGGCCUUUUCAGUGCCACCAAACUAUUGUAUUGUGAUUUAGGUUUAGGAAUUCCAAGUGGCUGGUUAUGCUACUUGGCACCAGAAUUGAUACGAAACCUAACGCCCUAUCGUCCUGUUGAUGUAGACUUACCUUUCUCUAAAGCGUCAGAUAUUUUUGCUUUCGGAACUGUUUGGUACGAGCUGCUAUGUGGUGAAUUUCCAUUUAAAUCUCAACCUUCUGAAUCGGUUAUAUGGCAAGUAGGUCGAGGAAUGAAGCAAACUCUGGCGAAUCUUCAAGCUUCAAGAGAUGUGAAAGAUAUUCUAAUGAUUAGCUGGAGCUAUCUAUCUGAUGACCGACCCGAUUUUCCUAAACUACUAGGACUACUGGAACGAUUACCCAAAAAACGACUGGCUCGUUCUCCAUCUCAUCCAGUGCAGCUGUCCCGUUCAGCAGAAUCGGUAUUUUAAAAACUUGUUUGGAAGCAUUUAGUACUAUUAAUUCACUUUAAAUAAAAUAUAAAUGAAAUAUUUUCGUACAA